AGUAAGUCCACGUCAACGUGACGCGUAUGCAGGCUUGUUGUUACAUUGUUCCAAUUAAAGAUGGAAAGUGAUAAAAGGAACGAUGUUUUAAGAAAAAUUGUUAGCCAGAGAGCAUGUUUCAUAAUGGACCAAGUGAAAGUAGCAAAUAAUAGCGGCAAAGUUCCAGAUCAGCCGUCUACUUCGAGGUGUUGUCCUGUUGGACGUGUUGAAGAUAGUGAUGAUAGUUACAAGGAUCCAAACUACUGCCCAAGUAGCGACGCUAGUGACGAUAAGGAAGAAUUUCUAGAUGAAAAUUGCGCUAUUGAGUCAGGAAGUGAAGAACAAGAGGUGCAGGUUGCACAGGAAGAAAGAAAACAAGAAGUUGAAGUUACACACAACAAAAUAGAACUAGAAAAACUGAAAUCAAGGAAGCGUACCAAACAUCUAGAAACCUAGAUUAGUACAAAAAGAUCCAAAGCAACUUUAAGAGAUGCAGAGCAUAUGACAAAAUCAGGAAAAAAGAUUGGUUCAAAGACAAUGAAGUCAGGAUGUGCACCGUGCAGAAAAAACUG